GGACUGGGAGGAUCUGUACAACCAGCGGUCCCUGGAUCCCGUCCUUGUUCAAGGGAUCAAAGAAGCGAUGUGGUUGGCAUUUGAAAACAACGAGCAGUCAUAUGAGUUGCCAACCCUGAAGCUGGCACCGCUGGGGCUGCAUAAACCAACUCCCCGAAACAAGGCACAACGUCUAAAGCCGGAAGAAAGGAGGGACGAGCUGGCUGGACAAUACUACUACGCGGUGUGUGGACAACACAACGCGGUUGCAGCCAGGUCAUUUCUCGGUAACGGCGUGGCCAAGAAAUACAAUUUCGAGCGGUCGGCGGCACGAAUGGUGUACUUUUCGGACAACGACUUCGAAGGGUAUUUCCUUGUCAGUUCCCAGGACAACAAAAAGGACCUCAAGGCACCAAUAAGACAGUUGAAGCUGUCAAUGAAAGACAUUCAGUGGCAGUGGAAGCACAACGGUUUCCUAAGAGAUGUUAUGGAAAACCCCAGCGGAAAACAGGAACAAGUCCAGAAAUGGCGUGAAUUCUGUACGGUGGCGCUCCAUGAGACGCCGUACAACAACUUAUGGAUUCUGGCGGAUCCGAGUCAGAAGAGGGAUGACGCAAUCAAGAAGCAAAAAGCUGCCCUGCGUUCCUAUUUCCCUCCGGCGAUGGCCGGAGAGAACGUCUGGAAACUGACCGUUGAAUUUUUCGAGAGAUGGGAGACUGGUAGAUUGCUCGGCCAGGACGACACAAAGUGGAUCGUGAGGAAGAAGAAGGUUAAAAACGUAAAGUCCGGAGUUGCCUACAUCGCCAAUGAAAAGCUAGGAAGGAAGGAGGUCGUGUACAACGUCCGUGUGGACCCGGCGACGAGGAAAGGCAAAAAGGAGAAAGAGGAGGGCGACUGGUUCGUGCAAGUGCCUGAGCCGGAUACACAUUGUUGGAAAGCGAUGAAAUCGCUAACUGACAACGAGAAGUGUCGUGUCCUGAAGAAGGUGCUCGCUUGCGAGGUGGUCUGGGUUCAGGCCGGCUCCCCGACGUUGCCGAAGUUGGGGAAGCUCAGCGUGCAGGAUAUGGUGCAUUUGGUGAAGUGUGACUGUGUGUUCGUACGUUUGUGCAAUUACUACCAGUUCAAGCACGAGAGGAGGACGGAUGCGGAUUGGAUUCAGAGGUACCCGUUCCUGAAAACAAGGUCCGCAAUUUUCAAGCAGUUCGAAAGUCGUGGAUUGGAUGCUGAGUUGUGGGACGGUAGCAGGAAAUACGUUACUGACUCCUCGUUGUUCAAGGAGUGCCCGCCUUACAUGGGUUGCGACGACGACCACUCGAUUGAGGCGAUGGAGAAGUUGGCCGGUUACAGGAAGUUGACCGUCGACUGGAGAAACAAGGUUCUCUUCGUGUUGACUGGCAGUAGACUGAAGAGUCGCAAGAUUGCUCUUGCCGAAGGCAUUGACAAGUGCUGGUUGGAACUGACGGAGGACUACUACGAACUCGAUACAAGCCCCUCGAAGGGCGUGGUGGACUGGAAAAUUUCCCCUUCCAGUGGGGCACACGGGACUUCCGGGUCCUGGGCACUAGACAGUGGGGGGGGCAAAGGAGACAAUGCGGGGGGUGGCACAGGAGUCCCGCCUAGUGGGGAGGGCGGGUCUCACGACGACACCGCGCCGACGGAAGGCAGCGGUGGGGUGGCGAAGGAGGCGUUCGGUCGUCAACAGUCUACUGAUCCCGGUCCGGAGGACUCGACACAGUCCGCCGACGUGCCUACUUCGUCAGCCGGCUCGGUGAGGGAGAUGAUGGCAACCUUGGUUCUCAGUGGCAGCUCGGGCGGAAGGUUCAAGUCCGCCGGGAUCCGAACUACAAUGGUUGAGGUGCCGACACAAUGGUCGGCCGCGAAGAGCUGGUCGGGCGUGGGGUUGCCGUGUCAUGAUCCCACAAUUGACAGCGGUGCGGGGGGGCGACCACGGCUUAUGGUGUUGGCGGGAGGGGCAGCGUGCGUGGAGCCAGAAGAGCGGUCGUCGGAAUUCGACAAGGGUUCGGGAGAAGUGGCUGGAUUGCAUGCAAGGGAAGGAGGGGGGUUAAUGGAGGAAGGGAAGGAAGGGGAGGAAGGAGAGGAAGGGGAGGAAAGGGAUGAAGGAGGGGAGGAAGAAGAGAAGGAAGAAGGGGAGGAAGGGGAGGAAGAAGAGGAGGAAGGGGAGAAAGGAUUGAAGGAAGGAGGGGGCAAAAUGGGACGUCGAUAUUGGAGACGACGAACGGACAGGGUAGGGUCAUCUCGAACACGGAGGUCCUCGAAAUAUCCGGAACACAUGUUGCAGACAGUCCCGGGGUUGACGACAAAACACAAGGAUAUGUUGAAGGCAUUAGGGGUUCAUGUCGAGAUCGGGAAGAAGGAGCAUGCCAUUGCCAUUGAGGAGUGUCUUUCCCUUCUGCCCCCAGAGAAAGGGACAUAUCAACGAUUUGUGACUAGAGGUCAGGCCAUGUAUGAGAAAUACUUAGCUACUCGUUGUGCAAUCCUUAGAACUUCGUUUCUCACUGCCCCGCAUGUCCUUUACUCGGUUUGAGCAGUGCGGGCCACAACACCUGGAACACGCGGGGGAAGAUUCGUUUCAGUGACUGCGCCUCGAAGCUUGGGGGUUUUGGACGACAUUAAACAAGGCUCGAUGGCACAUAACACUGUUCUCUCUACCCUCGGCGAUGGUCAAUUGCGAAUUGCAGCAAAAUAUCUUCUCACCCUCUCACAUAUCGACGGUAGGGUGAAUGAUGAGGUGACCAAUUUUUACAUGGCGCUAUUAGGGAUGACCGCAUAUGCAAUAUGUAACAUCCCGUCAGGUCUUCAAGUCUUCAGCUUUAAUUAGUUCUUCUUUAGUAAACUGCAACUUCAAAG